CUCACUAGUAACUCAAUACCAGGCGGCGGAAAUGGCAUCGGGCGCUUCCGAUGUCAAGGUGCAGAUUCCAAUUAAGCCCCCGCUGCCGUCGCCACCGUCACCACCGUCACCGCCACCGCCGCCUCCGCCUCCGCCGUUCUCCACUGAGUUUUCAGAAAAAUUGGAAGAAUUUAAGAUUCCGUUCUUCAAAUCGAGCUCUAGGAGGCCAAGAGGCGAUACCUGUGUCGUCUCUGUCUUCGUGCUUCUCCAUAUUGUGGCGUUCAUUGCCAUGAUGUUGGUUAAUGACUGCUGGUCUAAUUCUCACCAAGAAUGCGCGUUCGGAGUACUCGGAAGGAUGUCGUUUCAGCCUCUUGCGGAGAAUCCUCUUCUUGGCCCUUCCGCUUCAACGCUAGAGAAGAUGGGAGGUCUUGGGCGAAAGAGCUUGACCGAAUAUGGGCAAAUUUGGCGUCUGUUUACAUUUCCUUGCAUGCAUGCUGGACUCAUCCACCUUGUGAUUAAUCUUAGCAGCGUAAUCUUUGUAGGGAUCCAAUUAGAACAUGAGUACGGGCCAGUAAGGACUGGGAUUAUCUAUCUACUCUCUGCUUAUACUGGCACCUUGGUGGCUGCACUUUUUGUUCAAAACAGCCCCUCCGUUGGUUCAUCUGGAGCUUUAUUCGGUUUACUUGGAGCUAUGCUUUCAGGGAUAAUAAGGAACUGGAAACUUUACUCUGAUCAAUUUUUAGCUCUGGGAUCAGUUCUUGUUGUCUUGACUAUCAAUUUUGGACUUGGUCUGCUACCUUAUAUAGACAAUUUUGCGAAUGUUGGAGGCUUGGGCUCAGGAUUACUCCUCGGUUUCAUGAUUUUGUUCACUUUGCAGCAUAGAAAUGAAAAGGCUCAAACUAAAGGAUACCCUUUGAGCUAUAGUUUCAAAAAUUAUUUCAAUUUGAAAAUGAAACAGAAGCUGGACAAACCGAUCCUGAGAAGCACGUCUCUGCUUCUCUUUGCUCUUUUAUUUUUCGGAUGUCUAGUUGGGGUUAUUUUCGAAUUAGACUUGAACCAGUAUUGCAUAUGGUGUCGUUAUAUCGACUGCAUUCCAUUCAAGAGAUGGCACUGCAAGGAUGUGGCAUUUUCGUGUGCGACAAUGAUGAGCGAUCAAGAGGUGACAUUGACAUGCUUGUCCACUGGCAACUUCAAGGUAUACCCUUUCACUGAUAUCUCCCAGUCGAGGAUAAACGACUUGUGUGGUCUCAUAUGUUCAUAGUAGAUAGCUAGCUUGACACGUUACAACCCAUGCACACACUGAAUACAUAGCCAGCUUUACAUGUGCAUUGGGGACUUGAAAAUUAGAGUAUAAGAUGGCCUCUCGGUUAUGUUUGCCAUAACUGCAAUUUUUUCUUUACUUUUUGUGGAUGUAAAUACCCCGAUGAGAAUGAUUAGUGG